UCCUGCCUGUAUCUGCACCUCCUGCCUGUAUCUGAAGCACCUGCCUGUGUCUGUAGCUCCUUCUCAGACAUCACCUGACGCAGAUGGUUCUGUGGUUUUGAUUUCCGUGGUUUUUCUCCGUGGAAGUUCCUGCAGGUGGAAAUAGUUUUAAUGUCGUCUGUGUCUUAUCGUCGUUCACUUUAAUUUCCUGAGCUCCCAAAUCACUGAUGUGGCUGGAAACACAAAGUACAUCACUUCCUGUGAGCCAGACGCGGUUCAGAGAAGGAGCCGGAGGCGUGUGAGCAUCAGAAAAAAAUUCAACAUAAUCACAGAGCGAAGGUUGAUUGAUACAGAUAGGUGAUGAAGGUGAUGAAGGUGAUGAAGGUGGAUGAGAGCAGAGAAGAUGAUAAAAACUCGGUUACGGGGGAAAACCUUUUCUAAGCUGUUACAGAACUUGUAAUUUCCCCCAAAGUGUGAAUUCACCUGCAGAGAAGGUCACAGAUGUGAAGUCACAUUCACUUCAGUCUUCACCUCCUCUCAUCGGAGCAGAGCAGGUUUUCAGUGGACGCUGAAAUCAGAGGGAAACAUUUAAACCUUCCAGAAAAACGUUUGUUGUGUUUCUGAUUGUUCCGGUGUUGAUGCUUCAGGUCGUCUCUCACACAAAUGUAUUCAUGAACUCUAAAAUGAAAAUGUGGCCUUAGUGUUGUUCAGUGAUGAUCAUCGCAGCAGCAGCGAGUCACGUGAAGAGGAAAUGAUCAAACGUUACAGAAGUUAAAAUAUCACAGACAUGAUGAGUGAUAUACAGAUGUCCCACACAGCCUGUGGCCUUGGAUUGAGUGAGAGUGGGAGAGAGAGAGAGAGAGAGAGAGAGCGUGUGCGUGUGUGUGUGUGGCGGGGGUUCUCCCUCGCUGAUCCUGAGAUGACUGACAUCUCUCUCGACAGGAAGACACAGUGAAGUCAGCAGAGAGCAAACACAUCAACAUCUCCACACACUGGAAAGACUAAAAACAUUGAAACACUGGAAACACUAAACACAUUGAAACACUAAAAACAAUGAAACACUAAAAAACAAUGAAACACUAAAAACAUUGAAACUCUAAAACUCUGAAAGUCUGUGGUGGAGGUCUGGCUCUGUUGUCACUUCUGACACGUUAUCACAGGAUGUGUGUGUCUGUGAGUCGGGAUGUGGAAGAAGAAAGACUGGGUCUUUGUGGUGAAGAGUUUCUGUUUCAACAUUAUGAAGUUUUUGUUGCUGCUCAGCCGCAGUGUUGUCUGUUGUGAUCGUUGGUCAAUGUGUUUCACAUGCUGACAACACAACGACAGAGCAGAAGACGAAGCAGCAGGAACCUGCAGGUUCACAUGAAGUCUGUCUUGAUGUCGGCGUCAGUUCUGCGUCCGUGUCUGUGUGGACGUGUCGGGUUGGUCUGUGGACUCCUCCUCCUCCUCUUGGCCUCGACACCGCUCCUCGCUGCAGGCAGGCUGAGUAACUGCAGCCACCCUCUGGUGCCUGAACAUGGAGGCUUCCGCUGCGACCCGUCUCCGUGCCGAGGUUUCCCUCAGAAGAGCUCCAUCCACUUCUUCUGUGAGCCCGGCUACCACCUCGCCAAUGCCCGCGUCUCCAGGUGUCGCCAGGGGAGGUGGCAGCCUCCGAUCCCGGCCUGCAUCCCCAUCAAGGAGAGUCCUCACAUGAACCCUGACGACAGAUCCAGCAACUCGAUGCCCAACAUGGCCACCACGGCGGUGGGCGUGUCCAUCUUCCUGCUCACCACCACGGCCUGCAUGGUGGUCAAGUCCCGGCUCUACCCCUGCCAGUCUCCCAGCCGUCGUUCUUCGGACCAGCUGGACCUGAUGGUGGACGGACUUCCUGUCUCCCUCCCCUCCUACGAGGAGGCGGUGUAUGGAAGCUGGGGUCAGCGCCUCCCCCCCUGCUCCACACCUGGACCCACCCAGCUCCUAUUGGCCCAGGAGGCUCCGGGCCGCCCCCAGUCGGACGGCAGUCACCGCCCCCUGCUCUCCUCCCAAAGCCCCGACAACCCCCCACCCCCUUACGAGGAGGUCCAAUCAUUAUGUCCCGCAGGCAGGACGAGUGAGGGGGAGGGUCUGCAGCUUCACGUCCCUCUGUCAGAUGACAAGGACGCUUGAUUGACAGGCUGUCGGCUUCCCAUGUGACUGAAUUCCUCCCACGUGGACUGUCAGAUGAUGAUUUUGAUUGACAGUUGCCUGCUGCAGUGUUUCCUCUGCAAACUGAGAACUGACUCCUGAUUGGCUGCAGCUCACCAGCAUCCCACGCUACCUUAGACCAAGCUCAUAAGCUCUGAUUGGCCAGUCGUCACAGAGACCUGACUGAAGAGGUGUGUGUGUGUGUGUGUGUGUGUGUGUGUGUGUGUGUGUGUGUGUGUGUGUGUGUGUGUGUGUGUGUGUGUGUGUGUGUGUGUGUGUGUGUGUGUGUGUGUGUGUGUGUGUGUGUGUGUGUGUGUGUGUGUGUGUGUGUGUGUGUGUGUGUGUGUGUGUGUUUUCAGUGUUGUUCUGGAGACGUUGUCCAUCCUUCCCCUCAGUGACGGGGCCGAUCCAGGUUUGCUUCAUGAAGUCAUGUGGUACAGAAACCUGUAGAGUUUCCAAUGGAACCGACUCUUCUCCAUCUGGAGCUGAGACGUUUCUUCAGCACUGAUCUAAGACCAGCCUGGAGCACCACACUCUGUGAGAGAUGGUGUUGUGAAGCUGCAGCUGCUGUGAUGUGGAUUUUUAAAUCCAAAUCAAAUUUUUAUGUAAAGUAGAUUUCUUAGGUACUUGACUUGAACACAAAAGUGUUCUUAUCGAAUGAAUUAUCCACAUGAGAUUUACUUUAAAAACGAAACAGCCCAGAUUGUGACCAAACCAACGUGGAACCGACUCGUCCGUGAUCAGACUCUGGUUCCCUAGUUCCCUGGUUCUCUGGUUCUCUGGUUCUCUGGUUCCCUGGUUCCCUGGUUCCCUGGUUCUCUGGUUCCCUGGUACUCUGGUUCCCUGGUUCCCUGAUUCUUUGGUUCUCUGGCUCCCUGGUUCUCUGGUUCACUUGUUCCCUGGUUCCCUGGUUCUCUGGUUCCCUGGUUCCCUGGUUCCCUGGUUCCCUGGUUCUCUGGUUCCCUGGUACUCGGGUUCCCUGGUUCUCUGGUUCACUUGUUCCCGGGUUCCCUGGUUCUCUCUGUGACUCCUGCAGAGCGACUGACGCCUUCUUAGACCCUGAAUGUAUUUAAAGUUUCAUUCCUUAGAUAAAACUAACUAUUAUAUGGAUUGUAAUAUUUACAACAUGAUUAUUCGUACAAUGUGCACAGAAUGACAUGAUGAAUAAAUGUGGACAUGUUA